UUUGCAGAUUCCAUACACUGUAUGAAAUGCCCAUCAGAGUACUGGUCCAACGAGAAAAGAGAUGCCUGCAUCCUUAAAGCAAUUGAAUUUUUGUCAUAUGAUGAAAUUCUAGGAACAUUGUUAGCCUUGUUUUCUCUGCUUGGAGUUUUUCUUACUAUGAUCAUAAUGCUAGUCUUCUAUGGCCACAGAGAAACCCCUCUAGUGCGAGCCAAUAACUCUGAGCUGAGCUUCCUGCUGCUCUUCUCCUUGACUCUGUGUUUCCUGUGUUCUCUGACCUUCAUCGGUCGGCCCUCUGAGUGGUCCUGCAUGCUGCGACACACAGCUUUCGGCAUCACCUUUGUUCUCUGUAUCUCAUGUGUUCUGGGGAAAACUAUAGUGGUAUUAAUGGCCUUCAGGGCAACACUUCCUGGUAGUAAUGUGAUGAAAUGGUUUGGGCCUGCACAGCAGAGGCUUAGUGUCCUGGGUUUCACUCUAAUACAGGUUCUCAUUUGCAUACUUUGGCUGACAAUCUCUCCUCCCUUUCCCUUCAGUAAUUUGUUGCUGUAUAAGGACAAAAUCAUCCUAGAGUGUAAUCUUGGCUCAGCUAUAGGGUUUUGGGCUGUGUUAGGAUAUAUAGGACUUCUAGCUCUAUUAUGUUUUAUUCUUGCUUUUCUAGCAAGAAAACUGCCUGAUAAUUUCAAUGAAGCUAAGCUGAUCACCUUCAGCAUGCUGAUAUUCUGUGCAGUAUGGAUCACCUUUAUCCCAGCAUAUGUCAGCUCUCCUGGGAAAUUCACUGUAGCUGUGGAGAUAUUUGCCAUUCUGGCCUCAAGUUAUGGUCUCCUCUUCUGCAUUUUUCUGCCAAAAUGUUUCAUAAUUUUGUUUAGGCCUGAGAAGAACACCAAGAAACACAUGAUGGGAAAGACAUCGAAUAAUGAAAUACAUCAGUAA